UCGAUAUUCUUAUCGAUAGUAGUCAACAAAUUUGUAAACAGAUUGGCCAAUUUAUGUUAUUAGAAAUAAAUUGAUAUAUCAUGAGUUGUAACUAUGCUGAAGGUCUUUCAGCUUACGAAAAUAAAGGAAUCCUCGGUGCACCGGAAAACUUCGACACUGAAGAAGUUGUGAACCAAAAAUGCAAACAGUUGGCUAACUUAAUUAAGGAUUCGAAACAUGUGGUGUUUCAUACAGGUGCAGGUCUCAGCACCUCAGCUGGUAUUCCCGAUUUUAGGGGACCCAAAGGAGUCUGGACACUGGAAGAAAAAGGAGAGAAGCCUACUUUCAAUAUAUCUUUUGACGAGGCUAAGCCAACAAAAUCUCACAUGGCGUUAAAAGCGUUAAUUGAGCAUGGAUAUGUACAAUAUAUUGUGUCACAAAAUAUCGAUGGCUUACAUUUGAAGUCUGGACUAGAUCGCAAGUACCUGGCGGAGCUGCACGGAAAUAUUUUCAUUGAGCAAUGUCAAAAAUGUCGACGACAGUUUAUAAGCCAGACGACGGUAGCAACUGUGGGGCAAAAGCUAUUGGGACGUCCGUGCAGAUCCGCUGAAGUAGGCCAAAGUCGUAGCUGCAGAGGAGGUAUUAUGCAGGAUAACGUCUUGGAUUGGGAACAUGAUCUACCAGAACGGGACUUAGAUAUGGCAUUCAUGCAUUCCACUCUAGCUGAUGUUAACAUUACCCUUGGCACAACUCUGCAAAUUGUCCCAAGUGGAAACUUACCUCUUAAAAAUCUAAAACAUGGUGGAAAGCUUGUCAUUUGCAACCUGCAGCCCACAAAGCAUGACAAGAAAGCAUUUUUAAACAUUUCAAGUUAUAUUGACAAUAUAUUAGAAAAAGUUUGCAAACGUUUGGGCGUCGAGAUUCCCGAGUACUCCGAGGAUUGUGAUCCAACAAAGAAUGACAAAAUUUCGGAAUGGACGCUGCCGCAAGAAUAUGUGAAAGAGUUGGAUAAACAAUUCAAAGAGUAUCAGAAAACAUUUGCAAAAAGUAAUAAAAACACACUGAUAAAUAAGAAACUUAUCAAAAAGCGCAAACGGAGCGAAUAAACAGCAUUCAAAUAUGUAGUUACUAAGCUAAGUACAGUAUAAAUCAAAUACAUAAUUAACCAUACUGCCAAUAA